GGUUCGGCGGCGGCUCGGCUGCGGUGGGACCUCCCUGUGCAGAGUUGGGAAUCAUCAUUUAUUGUCCAUAUAAGAAGAUCAAGCAACCAUUCCAUUAGUGAAAAUUAAUUGAAGAGUAUUUGAUAUAAUUCAAGGGAAAUAUAUUAAAAUAUUUUUCAGUAGAACCUCUUUACAUCUUGAUAGAUGUUAGCUAGUGCUAUGUUUUGGACAAAAAGCAGACCAAGAAAGAUGUUUUUCAUAAAAAACAAUGUAACCUUGAAGAAAGAAGAGUGCGCAGUGCCUAAGGUAUUUUCAUCUUCUGGUUUCUGGAAUUUGAAUUCAUAUUUGGUUCAGCAGUAUACUAAGAAUGACAGCUAAUUUUUAUUAAUUGAUCACACUGCAUAUAUAUCUGAGAUGCAAAAAGCAUAUGAUGGAAAGUUUGGGAUAAUUUCUGACUGCUUUCCUAUGAUUGGUAAUAAUUGGACCAUGAAGGCAACUGGAUUUUUUUCCUUAUGGGUGUUGGCAUCAUUGUUUUGCUGUCAACUAAUAGCACCUGUGGAACAUGAAGAUAUAGUGAAACAUGCAAUAAAGCUGCAUCGUGGUAGAGGAGUUGCUGUUACACAGAGGAAACAAUGGCUUGUAGAAAACUGCAGAAAGCUAUCUGGACUCCUGCGUCAAAAGAAUGUGGUUCUCAACAAACUAAAAAGUGCAAUAAGAGCAGUAGAAAAGGACUCGGCGCUGUCACUUGCAGAAAGAACUUUUCAGGUCCACACAUUUGAAAUUUUUCAAAAGGAGCUGAAUGAAAGUGAAAACUCCGUAUUUCAAGCAAUCUACGGACUCCAAAGAGCUUUACAAGGUGAUUAUAAAGAUGUUGUGAACAUGAAGGAAAGUAGUCGGCAGAGAUUGGAAGCUUUGAGGGAAGCAGCAAUAAAGGAAGAAACAGAAUAUGUUGAACUUCUAGCAGCAGAGAAACACCAGGCUGAAGCCCUGAAAAACAUGCAGCAUCAAAAUAAAAGUUUAUCCAUUCUUGAUGAGAUUCUUGAAGAUGUAAGAAAAGCGGCUGAUAGGCUUGAAGAGGAAAUAGGAGAGCAUGCCUUUGAUGACAACAAGUCAGUGAGGGGAGUGAAUUUUGAAGCUGUUUUAAGAGUUGAAGAAGAUGAAGCAGAUACUAAAAGAAAUAUUUCAAAACGGGUAGUAGAAGAUGAUUUGGGUCUAAGCAUGCUUAUUGAUUCCCAAAACAAUCAGUACAUACUUACUAAGCCCAGAGACUCUACCAUUCCACGUGCGGAUCACCAUUUUAUAAAGGAUAUUGUCACCAUAGGAAUGCUAUCUUUGCCUUGUGGGUGGUUAUGUACAACAAUAGGAUUACCAACUAUGUUUGGAUACAUUAUUUGUGGAGUACUCUUAGGACCAUCAGGAUUAAACAGCAUUAAGUCAAUUGUGCAAGUAGAGACGUUGGGAGAAUUUGGUGUAUUCUACACACUGUUCCUCGUAGGCUUGGAGUUUUCCCCGGACAGAUUAAGAAAGGUGUGGAAGAUAGCAUUGCAAGGACCCUGUUACAUGACAUUCCUGAUGAUUGCAUUUGGCUUACUGUGGGGACACUUGCUACAAAUUAGAGCAACACAGAGUGUUUUCAUUGCUACUUGUUUAUCAUUAUCAAGCACACCAUUGGUAUCCAGAUUCCUUGCAGGGAGUGCUCGGGGAGAUAAAGAAGGAGAUAUUGAUUACAGCAGUGUUCUGCUUGCAAUGUUGGUUAUGCAGGAUGUACAGCUUGGCUUGUUUAUAGCUGUUAUGCCAACUCUUAUUCAAGCGGGUGUUGGCACUCAUUCCAGCACCUUCAAGGAAAUACUGAGAAUAUUGAUGCUGAUUGGACAAAUUCUCUUUUCUUUGGCUGCUGCCUUGCUUAUAUGUCUUGUUUUAAAGACUUAUCUAAUAGGACCAUACUACCGCAAGUUGCAUACGGAAAGCAAAGGAAAUAAGGAAAUUCUAGUUCUGGGAAUAUCUGCUUUUAUGUUUCUUAUGUUAAUGAUCACAGAGCUAUUGGAUGUUUCAAUGGAAUUGGGAUGUUUUCUAGCAGGAGCACUUAUAUCUUCUCAGGGUCAUAUGGUUACUGAAGAAAUUAUGUCCUGUAUUGAACCAAUACGUGACUUUCUUGCCAUCAUAUUCUUUGCAUCUAUAGGCCUUCAUGUUUUCCCUACAUUUGUAAUAUAUGAACUCACAGUCUUGCUGUCCCUUACACUUUCAGUGGUAAUAAUGAAGUUUUUCCUGGCAGUGCUUGUCCUUUCUAUGAUUCUUCCAAAGAGCAGUCAGUACAUCAAAUGGAUUGUAUCUGCAGGCUUGGCUCAAGUCAGUGAAUUUUCCUUUGUCUUGGGAAGUAGAGCACGCAGAACGGGUAUAAUUUCUCGAGAGGUCUACCUCCUUAUAUUGAGUGUGACUACUCUAAGCCAGUUGCUCGCACCAGCACUCUGGAGAGCUGCGAUUAUGAAAUGCGUACCAAGAUCUGAGAGACGAUUAAGUUGCUAAAGUUACUUAGUACAAAUCUUUCAUGAAGAAAGCAUAUUUAUAAUCAACAAAUGUAGAAUUUUCCACACUACAUAGCCUGAAUUUUGGAGGAAGAGCCUGUGUGUCGUCGUCCCCCCAAAAAGCUUUAUUUCUUUUACAAAAAGUCUUCAAUUCCAAUAACUGACUGGUGUGCCUUUUUGUGAUAACCAGGCAGAAUCCAGCACUGCAUAAGAAAGACACUGAUCACACAAUGGGACUUCACCAACCUUUCUUUCCCCCUAUGCUCCUCCCAAUCAGUCCUUGAGCAUCCCCAACUCUGUGGAGCAGAUUUUGAGAUACACAGGGGCCUGCGGGAGAGGAAAGUGAAGUCCCAUAGUGUGAACAGAAGUCUAUUCCACUUGCACAUGUGUAGUGCUAGAUACAACCUGUUAUUUACAGUCAGUGUAGUAAGUUUAAUUAACAUUUAUAGUGCCUGUGGCACUGUUAAAGAACUAUGUAAUAAGUUAGUAUCCAAAUCUAACGGCCACAAUACAUAUAUAUUUUCAGUGCUAUACAAACUUUAACUUUUUUCAUUCAAAUAUAAGCUUGAAAACUGCUACAGCUAUCAAAGGACUGAAAGUUAAUAUGCCUAAAUUUACACUUAAUUGAUGCAUUUUAAAUAAUGUAGUUAUUUGUAACAUUGAUCUGUCUCAUACAUUUUUUGACAAAAAUGUUUGUUGUGAUCAGAAAUGACUUUUUAGUAUGAAUAGCAAGAAUUUAUUGUGUUGAUCAUGUUAAUAGUUCAAAACCAAAACAUAGACAUUGAAACUAAAUUAAAACUAUUUUUGGAAGAUA